UACAUUUGUAACUGGAUGUAGAACUACUCUCUAUCUCUCUCCACGUCUCACCCUCACUCUUCGUGGAUGCCAGUCAACGGUAGAGACAAUCGAGUGAGAGCGCAAAUUCGAUCUUUCCUCGUUGGUAACCGGAGCUCACCCAUCAACAAUCUACUUCAAUCUGGAGUCUAUCCAUGAUAGUACAAUCUCAUUGUGUACAAUCAAGUUUCUCGGGUGCUACAGUACGCCUUGGCAUGGGGAUCUUCUCAGGCAUUAGCAACUCAUCGUUCACAAACGUCGACUUUGAGAAAGCUACAAUCUCUGCACUCAUAUCCUGGGCUUUGGCCACCGUAUCAUCAGAACAACCAUGGAACGAAGAGAUCCAUGGCUAUGGAGCGUAGCCGAAGUUGUGGCUAACCUUUGCGAUUCGACAAGUCUCUACAACGAAGCAGGAUGUGAGCCACAAAUGCUACCAUACCGCACAGUCCUCGGACAUUACUUGAAUCAACAUGCGAUUACAGGCCAAAAUCUCCUCACCACUUUCUACAAUGGCCUUCUUAGUAAGACUAUCAAGAUCCAAAUACCUGGAGCUGAAAAUUCUCUGUUGAAGAUUAUCAAUUUUUUGAGGUCGAACUCAAAUAUUUAUCGUCGAAAUUUUCCCAGUGCAAAUACCUCGACGCAGCCAGCUCGUUCAAUAACUUGGGGCACCGGUAUGCAAAGACCUCCCGGCAGGAUCUUCGAACCAAAGCGGGCUGAGCUUGUCCCAACUGCGUCGUUGUCAACCUCUAUGAAUCUCGUCCAGGCGCAGCCCACACAUAUCAUGGAAGAGUCUCCGCUACUAGGACAGGACUGGAACUAUCUGCAAAACAAAUGGAAGGAUGGCGAAGACAUUGUCAUUGACUUGAGCAAAGAUAAUAACCAGAGUUCCGAGAUACAACACGGAAGCGCAGACGUGAACAUGGCCGGAGUAGUCGAAGAUGAGGAAGACGAUGAAGGUGAAGGUGAGGAUACCGACGAAGAUUCACUGGAAGCGUACCAGAUCGAACCUUCUAAACCACCAGCACGCGGGCACAAAUCAACACUUGACGAUGAUCGAGUCACUGAGAUCAUCAACGAGCAGAUUGCCCGCUUUGAAGAGGAGUGGUAUCCCGGGAAGGGCUGGACCCACGACAAUCAUAUUGCCUCUGAUGCGCGGGAGCUCUGGCUCGAGGCUGAAUCUGUCGGAGAGCGUCUCGAUCUCAUUGAAAUAACCAGGAGGAACGUGGACUACUACACCAACAGGCUGAACGUGCUGAGCACAGAGAUCGCGACCUUGGGAGGCCCGUGGACCCAAGUCAAUGCGCUGCGUCUCCAGUGUAGGAGUUUGGCUACUACCGUCGAGGUGCUUCUCCAGGAGGAAUGGGAAUUGUCAGUUUAUCAGAUGCCAUCAGCUCCAUCACCGUCGGCAACGGAUGACGAGAUGAAUCCAAGUUCACCACCACAGAUUCAUCCACCAUCCACUUCUACUGCGACACCUCAGAAAGCACCCCAAGUGUUGUAUCCGUCGACAGCUCCUCCAGCACCGCCCAUGUCAACUCCCCGCCACACAACUUCGCGAAGGGUGUCUGUUGUCAUUGACCUAGAUGCUCCAGAGGAUAUGAUGGAGAUCGACAACAUCCGCGAGGCUCAUGGCUCAACGAAUGUCAUGACCUCACAAGCCCCUACUACGAUCACACAGCCUUCCAUAAUCAACGCCAACCAAAAUGAUGCCAGAACACCAGCUCGCGCAUCUUUCCAGACACCAAAAAUUGAGCCUCGCUCCCCAUCCCACUCCCAACCUUCAUCCCAACGACCCAUCCACUCCUCCAACCCAACGACCCCCUCCCAGCGCUCCCAUCACCGCCCUCACCAACGCCGUCCCUCCCCUCCAUCCACCCCCUCUACCGCCAUCACCAUAAACCUAAACGACUACCCCGAAUCCGCCUCCAUCUCCACCAUCCAAAAAUGGCCCUGGCCCAUCCUCCUCGCAACCCAAGACCGCAAACGCAUCAUCAUGAAAGCCCUCUCCACGAUGCCCGCCGCCGAUCUCGCCCUCAUCCGCACGCGCCUCACCCUCCUCAAGCGCUCCGACAUCUUCUCCGAGCUCUCCCUCUGCGUCACCAUGCUGCUCGAACGCAGCGACAGGCUGCCCGGCGUGCUGCCCCGCGACGUGCCCAAGAUCCUCAAGCUCACCCGCCUGUUCCUGUGCUGGUGGCUCGCGGCGGAUUUCGUGAGCGACGAGAAAAGGAUGCCGAGUAAGGUGGAGCUGCAGGGGUUGGUCAGGGAGAUUAAGCAGGGCGCGAGGGACCCGGGGGUCUUUUACGAUUGGACGAGGUGGGUGCUGGCGAAUACGUUUAGUGAGGAGGCGUUGAGGGAGCCGGCGCGGCCGAGCCAGGCGGAGGUCAUUGAGAUUUCGUCGGAUGAGGAGGGGGAGGUGGGGGCGACGGUCGUGAGUCCGAUGGAGGCGGUGGUGACAACGCCUCGUGCGCCGUCUUCGAUGGCGAGAAGAGGGUCGGGUGGAUUUGGGUUUAGGGGUGUUGGGAGGAGGGGUGCGUUUGGUGCGUGAAUGGGUGCUCGAGAUGGUGGAGUGGGAUGUGAGAGGGUGGAGGAGCGUCGAUAUUGUCACUUCAUGUGAGUUACGGCCGGCCAGCGAGUGUUUUUCGGAUUGUGUAGCCUUUGCGCUGAAUGAAGGUUAAUGCCCUGUAUGGAUGUCCAUGUUUUAUAUAAUUAUACCCAUUAGUCACGAUAUCAUAAUGUAGUAUUGCUGGUAAUCACCAAAAAUCAAAAUCAAAUCACGU